AAGCAAAAGCCAAGCAACUCAAAGUUCACAAUCAAAAUCGAAAACGACGUCAAAUUAGAGCCAAGUGACGACGCAUAUUUGGUUCAGUACUCGCCACCACAAUCGCCAAUCGAAGCAAGUGGCACGAUUAAAUCAGAGAGCGAGAGCGAUGAAGAACUGCAUUUGAAAAGCGACCCUGAUUAUGUGAAAACAGAGAUCAAGACCGAGGUAGACGAAUGUUCGAAGAAGAACUGUGAUGCACCAGAAAUUGAAAACUCAAAUGAUAAAGCAAGCGAUGACCACGAUGGUACGAAUGGAGCCAACUCAAGACCAAACCCAAGUGGCAAUAUAGAACAGCACGCACAUAAGACAAAAGCAACAAAGAAAAGAGGAACGAAGAAAAAUGACAAUGCAAAAAUUCAGAUUGAUCCAAUCGAAAAAAAGAUAAGAAGAAAUACAAAUGCAAUUUGUGCAGUUAUUCUGCAUCGUAUAAAUCUAUGCUCAUUAGGCAUAUACCUAAUACCCUUCGUAUGUGAAAUAUGUGCAAAGGCUUUUACACAAAAAAGUGGUUUGAAUCGACACAAGAAAGUCCAUGCCACCGAAUUUCCAUUCCAUUGUCCAAAGUGUCGUCGAGGAUUCAAACAAGAAGUCGAAAAGAUCGAACACGAAAAUCAAUGCCAAUAUCGACAAUACGAAUGCAUUGAAUGCAAAUACAUCACUGAUAAUUCGUUACAUUUCAAACAACACAUGCCAAUCCAUAGUGAUGUGAGGCCUUUCCAAUGCCGCAUUUGUUCAAAAACAUUUAUAUGAAAAAAUCAUCUUCGCCAACAUUCGCGCACUCACACCAUACAACUACCGUUUGCCUGCUCGAAAUGUGGACAACGAUUUGCUGACGGAAGCUGUAAAAAAACGCAUGAGGAUCGAU